AUGUCGCAUCUGGACGAUAUUCCUUCGACGCCUGGGAAGUUCAAGAUGGAUAAAUCUCCCUACUUCCACCGUUCGCGGUGGCAAUCUUCAGCCGCCAAGCUUGCUUUUUGGUCGCUCGUCUUUCUCGGAUUGAUCUUCAUCUUCUUCUACCGAUCUCCGGUUUCCUCUCGCCGCUCUCUUCGCACCUCCACCUGGGGCGGCCCCGACUGGGAGAAACGGGUCAGAUCCUCCGCCCGUGUUCGCACCCGCAACGGACUCUCCGUUCUCGUUACCGGAGCCGCCGGAUUCGUGGGAACGCACGUCUCGGCCGCCCUGAAACGCCGCGGCGACGGCGUUCUAGGGCUCGACAACUUCAACGACUACUACGAGACGUCGCUCAAGAGAUCGAGGCAAGCCCUCCUGGAGCGAAGCGGAGUGUUCAUCGUGGAAGGGGACAUCAACGAUUUGUCGCUGCUGAGGAAGCUCUUCGAGGUCGUCCCUUUCACUCACGUCAUGCAUCUGGCGGCUCAAGCCGGCGUCAGAUACGCCAUGGAGAAUCCGAGCUCCUACGUCCACAGCAACAUCGCCGGCUUCGUUAACCUCCUCGAAGUUUGCAAAUCCGCCAAUCCUCAGCCGGCGAUCGUGUGGGCGUCCUCGAGCUCAGUCUACGGACUGAACACGAAAGUGCCCUUCUCGGAGAAAGACCGCACGGACCAGCCAGCGAGUCUCUACGCUGCGACCAAGAAAGCCGGAGAAGAGAUGGCCCACAGCUACAACCACAUCUAUGGGCUCUCCCUCACAGGCCUGAGGUUUUUCACGGUGUAUGGCCCGUGGGGAAGACCAGACAUGGCCUACUUCUUCUUCACCAGAGACAUCCUCAAAGGGAAACCCAUUUCCAUAUUCGAAGGAGCCAAUCACGGGACGGUGGCAAGGGACUUCACGUACAUCGACGACAUAGUCAAGGGGUGUUUGGGGGCGCUAGACACGGCGGAGAAGAGCACAGGGAGUGGUGGUAAGAAGCGUGGAAAGGCCCAGCUAAGGGUUUUCAAUCUGGGGAACACAUCUCCGGUUCCGGUGACAGAGCUGGUGAGUAUACUGGAGAGAUUGCUGAAGGUGAAAGCCAAGAGGAACAUGAUGAAGUUGCCGAGGAACGGUGAUGUGCAGUUCACACAUGCCAAUAUCAGUUCCGCGCAGAGGGAGCUGGGGUACAAGCCAACAACGGAUUUGCAGGCAGGUCUCCACAAGUUUGUAAGAUGGUAUCUUGGUUACUACAAGGGCGGGAAGAAAGUUGCCGCUUGA